GCGUUCAUUACUCUGCUCUAGAGGGAGACAUGGCGACGUCCCUGAUCUGCGGCCGUUUGACGGCUAGCCUGAGAAAUUCAGGGGCCAGAAACACUAUCAGCUCUGCUUCCAAGGUUCUUGGUGGUUCUUCUGGUCUGUUUGGAGGCCAUGUGUCCCAGCUGCAGCCCCCCCACCAGCAGCAGCAGCAGAGGAACCUCUCCCUACAUGAGUACAUGAGCAUUGGCCUGCUGAAAGAGGCUGGCAUUGCUGUGCCAGCUGGCAUGGUGGCCAGCUCCUCGGAAGAGGCGUACGCUGUGGCCAAGCAGAUCGGUACAAAGGACCUAGUGGUAAAAGCUCAGGUGCUGGCUGGUGGCAGAGGGAAGGGGACAUUUGAGGGCGGACUGAAGGGAGGAGUGAGGAUCGUCUACUCGCCAGAGGAGGCCCGAGACAUUUCGUCCCAGAUGAUUGGUCGAAAGCUGUAUACCAAGCAGACUGGAGAGACAGGUCGUAUCUGCAACCAGGUGUUCAUCUGCGAGCGCAGGUACCCACGCAGAGAGUACUACUUCGCCAUCACCAUGGAGAGGUCCUAUCAGGGCCCCGUGCUGAUUGGCAGCUCGCAGGGGGGCGUGAACAUUGAAGAUGUUGCAGCGGAAAAUCCAGACGCCAUUGUGAAGGAGCCCAUCGACAUUGUGGAAGGCAUUAAGAUCGAGCAGGCUAUCAAGGUAGCUCAGAAGAUGGGCUUCCCACCAGCGCUGGUGAAUGAGGCGGCGGAGAACAUGGUCAAACUGUACAAUGUAUUCAUCAAGUACGACGCCUCCAUGGUUGAGAUCAACCCCAUGGUGGAGGACUCAUCAGGCAUUGUGAUGUGCAUGGACGCCAAGAUCAACUUUGACUCCAACGCAGAGUACCGCCAGAAGAAGGUGUUUGAUAUGCAGGACUGGACCCAGGAGGACCCCCGGGACCGGCAGGCCGCCAAGGCCGACCUCAACUACAUUGGCCUGGAUGGAACCAUCGGCUGCCUGGUAAAUGGAGCAGGUCUUGCUAUGGCCACCAUGGACAUAAUCAAGCUGCACGGCGGCACACCAGCCAACUUCCUGGAUGUAGGAGGCGGAGCUACAGCCCAUCAGGUGACCGAGGCCUUCAAACUCAUCACCUCUGACAGGAAGGUUCAGGCCAUCCUGGUCAACAUCUUCGGAGGCAUCAUGAGGUGUGAUGUCAUUGCCCAGGGCAUCAUCAUGGCUGUGAGAGACCUGGAUCUCAAGAUCCCCAUUGUAGUGCGGUUACAAGGGACAAGAGUGGACGAUGCAAAAGCUCUGAUAGCUGCUAGUCCAUUGAAAAUCCUGGCCUGUGAUGACCUGGAUGAAGCUGCCAAAAUGGUUGUAAAGCUUUCUGAAAUCGUCUCUCUGGCUAAGGAGGCUCAAGUGGACAUCACCUUCCAGUUGCCCAUCUAAGAAACCUCAACCCUGACAUCCGUGAACUCCACACCCAAAACACUUCCUCUGUCACCCCUGGACACACCCACAGCGGCCCGCCGCCCCCGCCCCCAAGAUCUCUGAGACACUUAGUUUUUUCUUUCUUAGUCUGUGGCAUGGUGGUAUGACUCUAUACAGGCAUCCAACACAAACACCAUAAUGGACCUCACUUUUGCAUUUCAACAGAGAGAGCGUAGCCUCCUUUUUAGUCACAUGGUAAUCUCCAUUUCCUGUCUCAACCCUCAUCUCUCUCCACGUUUAGUCAAACCUACAAGCUUAUGUUGCACUUGAGUUGAUACGCACAAACCUCCACCUUCAAACCUCCCUUCCUUCACUCACGUACACAGAGAGAGUGAGAUACAUGGGCAACCAGACUGUUUACUUUGGUACUUGUUGGGAAAUCUUCCUUCACUCCGUUUAAAUAAAUAAAAAAGGACAGCUGAAGCAUUUUUUGUUUGAUUUCAGAUUCAGACUUCACAUAAUUUAGUUUUUUCAGUUGAAUUAAAAUGAAUGAUUGUGAGACAGGAGCCAGAGUGGCUACAGAUCAGUGCUGUUAACAUCAAGUGGAUAUAAAAGGAUGGCUGGAAGGCUACUUUCAUAAAUACACACACAUAGUUUUGCAUGAGUACCUUUUGAGUGUGUUGAUUCUAUCUAUAUAGGAAUGUAAGAGAAUAAAGAAUGGACUUGUUCCCUCUAUGCAGAACUUUGAUGCAUUUCAUCAAACAAAUUACAUGAAGUGCUGAAAACACACAGAACUAUGUGCUGUAAAAGAAAUGAUUGCAUUUGACUGAGCUGUGGCGUCAACUAGAGGAAAUGGCCUCAAUUCUCUCCUUAAUAACAGAACAAUAAACAACUCCGUAGCACCGAGUUGUUGAUAGUGUUGAGACACAGGAAUAGCUUUAGAUAAUGUGCUGUUCUUCCCUGCAGGUGCCUCAGCAUCAUUUCUUUAGCUGCUAUAGGCAGAGGUGUUCAUCAGCUGUGCAGUACUGCUCAUACAGCAGAUACAAGGCUGCUCCCUGUUUCCAAAACUGGAGAAACAUUGCAGAGACCCUCCAUUAUAUUGUGACAGUGAGAACACAAACAGUCCUCUCUGAAUCCCGGCUCAAUAUGUUCUUAUGUGAAGCUGAAUUCAGGCUCAUUGUCAAGUGUCUGGAGAAUGUUUUGCAGUGGUUACUAGUAGAGUCGGGUUCCAAAAGCAGGAAAAAAGCCCAGAUGUUUUACCUCUAGUGGUUUGGUUUGGUUUUGGGAUUUCUGCCUCCAACCCAAUACAAUGAAGGUGAAAUGAAAUUAAUUUGUAAUGUUCACAGCAUUGAAAAAUGAAAAUCAGCAGCAUAUUUCAGAAACAAUGCUCUGGACAAUCCACAGAGCUCACUGUGAACACUUCUCACUGGAACUGCUUUCUACUCUAGAAAUAGUCCCUGUGACAUCUGUGAUGAUAUUGGGAUGUAGGCAGAAAUCUCAAUAUGUUAACCUGGACAUGUAAAACCUCAUUGCUCCUUGUUUACCAGCAAAGAUCAUUGUAAGAAAACGGUUUUGUAGCAAGCUUCUUUCUUGUUGGCAGCGUAUGACAUGCAUCAACUCACCCAGGCACAAUGUUUUCUCAAAAAGCCCAAAAACCACUCGGCUUCCAGUUUUAGGGGUGUGACACGGUGUUGGAGGUUCAGGCUGAUAACACCUCGCCUCGUUAGCUUACACUGUUCACUUUGUAUUGAAACAUUACCUUGAUGGAUGCAGGGAUCUGUGCGAGUAGUGAUGAAUCCUGGAGUUUCCAUUCUGCCUCAGCUGUAGUGUGGUCAUACUGAACAGAGGUGGUGUUCCCAGCUAAAUUUUUAAAAUAAGUUUGAUGACUUAUUAAGUGUUCCUGUUGUGGAGCUCAACUUUUCCAGAGAAAAGCCCCCAGGGAGGAACAUGCAGGCUAAAAGUAGAGUCGACUGAAUGUUAAAUCAGUUGACAUGGUGUGAUUUCCUGCAUUCAUGUUGCUUCCUGAAUCUCUCUCUGUUGAAGUUCACAAUAAGAAAAAGGAAGCCCAUCUCUCCCCUGAUGAUCAUUUGCAAACAGCUUUAGCAUGAACACAUGUGACUGUGUGCACAUGUGCAACUUCUCACUGUCAUCAGGAGACUGGGAAAGGUCUGUAGACCCUGUCCUACCAAAGUGAAGCAUACUUAGCUAACGGGGGCAAAGUGGAUGUCUGAAGUGCAGGCUGAUGUUCAUGAGUUUCUGUCCACAUGUUGUUUUGAAAAUUGAACAAAGGGGGCUUAAAACCACGAGUAAAGACUGUCCAACGGCCUCGACUGAAGCUUAAUGGUGAGUUUGUGUGUAGGUUCAUGUUGGUGGCAGCCAUUGUAGAAGUCCAAGAUUUAAAUGAACUACUGCAGCACUUAAGCUUCAUCCCCUAAGAGUUUUUUGUCGUUGUUGUUUUGGAUGUUGAAAGUUGCAAGCAAUUGAUUGUUAACGUCCAGAGACACUGGAGCUUUGUGUUUCUGUUUAUUUAUUUGGUUCUACUGUAUCCCAUUCAUUGAAGAAUUUGCUGCUUCAGGGUUGAACAGGGACCUCUGCAAUGGCCACCGCUUUAUUCUGAAUCUGCCAUCAUGCCACACAGCGGUAGCCCUUUUGUUUCUGUAUGUAAUGUCAGAGUUGGGGCGGGCCACGUGCUCUCAGCAGAACAGUGAAAUUACUGUAGUUCCCCCCUUCCUCUCCUUCCUCCUCCUCCUCCUCCUUCCACCACCUCCUCUUCUCCCUCCUCCUCUUCUCCUUCCUUCUCCUCCUCCAGCGCUCCGAACACAAGCCGACAUUGUGAGUUGUACGUCAUUUAUUAUAUCUUGUAAAUAACCAAACUGAUGUUCUCAGUCUGUAAAAUAUUUAUGCUCCCUUCAAGGAGUACGACAAAGGAAGAAAAAAAAAUAAACGCAGAGAACAUCA